CCCACGAAGAUGGAUCUGCGCCCGAAGCUUCUCGGCGGGACUGUGGCGUUUCUCGUGUGUUUGGGCGGCUGUCUAGCCCAGGCUCCCCUGCAGGCGCGAACUGGUCGGCCAGGCGGCCGGAACAAAAACUGGUGUGCCUACAUAGUGAAUAAGAAUGUGAGCUGUUCUGUGCUGGAUGGCACUGAGAGUUAUGUUGAAGUUCACUACAGCUGUGCCUGGAAUCAGGUGCCCUGCCCAAACACCCCAGUGUAUCGUACAAAUAUCAGGCCUAAAUAUAUAACAACAUAUAAGACAGUAACAGAACUGGAAUGGAGGUGUUGUCCUGGAUAUAUGGGUGUAGACUGCAAAGAAGGCAAAGCACCACAACCAAGAAAAGUUGUUUACCCGGCAGAGCAAGUACCAAAUGGUGCAAAGACAAGCCCAGACUCUAAGCUGGAAUUACAGCAACACCAAUUACAGGAUAAAAGAAUCCAGGAUCUUGAGGAUGAAUUGUUCCGCCUUACACAGACAGUGUUUGAGCUUCAGUCCUCCUUAACAGGGGUUAAUGAAAAUCUAAAACUUACUGUACAAGAAGAUGCAAGUCAAAUGCGUGUCUCAUGGUUGAACAAUCUUCAUGAUCAUCCAGGGGCUGACAGUGAUGUUGAGGGAGAAAGAGACCAGAAAGAUUUUUUUCUUGAAUCUGGAGCAGAAAAUGUACAAUCAGAAAUAGCUGAAGUAAAAGAUGACUUGAAGGCCAAAAAUGACAAGCUGGAAGAACUAAAUAGGAAGGUGAAUGGCUAUGAAGGGCAAUUAAAAGAACUCCAGGAAGCAGCCCAAGGCCCAACCAUAAUGAUGCCUAGUGGCCAGGUAUAUCAGGCAUACAUUGAUGCUAAGUUUGAAGCCCUGAGACAGGAAAUGUUGGAAGGGUUUGAAAAGAAAAUGGCGGAUCUGAAAAAUUCAUGUGAAUACAAAUUGAUGGAUAUUCAGCAACAUUGUGAUGGUCUUGAAGCCAACUGCUUGGGAAUAAGAGAGCUUAUUGGGGAAAAAGAAAAUGCUCUGAGGAAAGAGAUAAAAACUAUUCAGGCUUUUAUCAAAGUACCAUCAAACCAGUCUUUUUGCUGCAGCACUGCCAAAAUGGAUGACUUUGGGCAUCAGGUAAAACAGUUGGAAGAGAAGAUUGACAGAACUGCAGAAGCGAGCAGGAUUUUAAACAUCAGAAUAGAUAAUGAAAUAAGGCGUACUUCCACUCCAGAUUUAGAAGGCAAUUUUGAUGCAAAAUGGGAGGAACUGGAAGCAAGGAUCAAUGUUACAGAGAGGAAUGCUGAGGAACACUGCUUUUACAUUGAGGAAACUCUUCGUGGUACUAUAGCUACUGAAGUAAAUAAUGUAAGAAACUUAUUUGACCAAAAACUUCAAGCAUUGGGAAAUCACCAGAGAACCACUAUUCUAGAUAUUGCUAAUGUCACAAAUCCAGAUAAGAGAGAUGCUACUCCAAAAUCUGUCUUGCAUAGUGACUCAAGAUCUGGAAAUGAGCAGCUUGCAUCUGAGAUUAAUUUCAUGAAGAGUAAGCUACAAGACAUUGAAAACAUUUGUGGGCAAAAAUGCCAUUCUCUCAUUCCACAGAAUUUGGAAGGACUGCAGAAAGAGAUAGAAAGUUGUAACAGCAAAUAUGAUCUGUUGCUUUUAAAAACAGGAGAGAAUUCUGCUCUUAUAAAUUAUUUAAAUGGUUCUUUAAAUGAGAACUUUAAUUUAAUUAAAAGCAACCAGCGUGACAUUCAGAAACUUCAGAAAGACUUACGAAUAGUUCGCUAUGGUAUAAAUGCUGUUGAUAAAGAUAUAAAAGUCCUCCAAGGUGGCUUGAGCAGGUGCAAAGAGCAACUUGUAGGUAUCAAUUCUACAUGUGAAAAGACGCAGGUUGGUGUGUUCAGGAAGAUAAAUGAAAUUCAGAAAAUAGUUAACAAUCGAACCACUCACCCAAACAGUUGCUGUAAUGAAUUGAAAGAGAAGCUGGAGCAGUUAAAUGACCCAAACAAAUGUAAAGAAAAAUUUCCCAAUGUACCAUAUUUGGAAGGUAGAAUGUCACAUGUUGAAAAAGCUUGUAGCAAACUGGACAGCAUGUCUGGCAGCCUUCAGAAAAUAAAGGAAGGACUAAACAAACACGUAUCCAGUCUUUGGAACUGUGUAAAUCAGAUAAACAAAACAAUGACAGCUCAUUCUAAGGACAUUUUGGGCCUCAACAAUUCUGUGCAGCAGUUCCAUAACCAGUUCCACAAAUUCACCGUUGAUGUUGAGAAUCUUAUGAAAACCCAAUCUGUUACUCCAGAAAAACCAUCAAGACCCCCACCGAGAAAACCACAAGGAAAUGUUCCCCUGACACCGUCAAAUCCAAGAAUCCCAUUACAGCCUGGAGUACCUCCAGCCCCAUCAAAGCCAAGGGUGCCACUAUGGCCACAUCCAGAAGAGCCUGUGCAACCAUCUCAACAAAGAAUACCUAUACAGCCAUCUCACCCAAAUAUACCUUUGCUGCCAUCCGAUCCACAAAUAAUCAUACAGCCACCGUUACAAGGAAUUCCUCUUCACCCAGCAGAUCCCAGAACUCCUUUACAGCCAUCAUUACCAGGUGCAUCACCUGGCCUAACUCUCUUGCCUGGUUCAUCUGGGAUGUUAAUGGAAACUGGACAGGCAGGCCCUCCUGGUACUCUUUUAAUGACAGGAAGAGGACAGUCAAAAAGUAUAGAUGGUCAAGAUGGACAGAAUAAUGUGCCUGUUUCAGAAGGCUAUGCUGGAGCACCAGGAUAUCCAAAAUCACGACAUCCAUCUACAGCUACACAAGGAGCAGCUAUUACUUCACUGGUAUCAUUCUCUGCUGGUCUCACUCAAAAACCUUUCUAUAAUGAUGUGGGUGUAGUGCACUUUAAUAAAGUGCUUGUAAAUGAUGGCAACUACUACAACCCUAAUACAGGGAUAUUUACAGCUCCAUAUGAAGGUCGUUAUCUCAUCACUGCUGUUCUAGCUCCCGAGAGGGAUGACUAUGUUGAAGCUGUACUGUCUGUUUCCAAUGCAAGUGUCGCUCAGCUCCACACAGCUGGUUAUAAGAGAGAGCUGCUUGAAUAUCACAAACCAAGAUCAGGAAAACGAACUUGUGGUGGAACUGGGGCUUUCCAACUUGUUCUUCACCUCAAAGCUAGAGCUGAAGUAAGCAUUGUUGUUACUGGAGGAAAGCUGGCCUCUACAGACUCUGAUGAAAUGUAUUCCACUUUCAGUGGAGUAUUUCUAUACCCUUUGGUUUCUUAUGGGUAAGGUAUGUGAGCAGGAAAUAGAGUAGCUAUCUGGAAGAAAGUAAUAAAAUAGUAAUCUGUUUUAUUUCUCUCUCCUUUUCUACCUUCAAGCAUUCUGUGGAGUGCUGCAUAAUUAUCUUUCACAUUAUUUGGCUGUAAUUAAUUAGAACAUACUAGUGAACCCUAAACUGGCAUCCACUUGCCAAAAACAAAAAGGCCAAUCUGGCUUUUCUCUACCUCAUUGGAGCAGGUGCUUCAUAAAUGGAAGCAGCUGCAACUUCUGAAUAUUUUGGAAUCCCCCCCGCCCCCGUGGAAGCCAUUUUUUAUUAAUCCAACCUCUUGUAUCAGCUAUUUUGUGAUAGUGGGGAAUUCUUGCUAUAAACGGUAUAAGCUAAGCAGCCUGCUACACUGACUUCUAAAAAUUAAAUAUUUAAAGGAAGUCACAGAAAACUUGGAAUUGCUAUCCUUAUAAAGUCAAAGACAUCUUGCCUGAAGUAUGAAAAUAAUAAAGCAAGGAGCUAAAAAAGCUGUACUCCAAAAAGUGACUGAAAUUUCUGAAGAUUGCAUCAAGAAUGCUAAAAUGGAAUACUGGAAAUUCACAGUAGUGGUUAAUUCUUUUGGGGAAAUUAUCAAAUGCCACGGUGUAUUAUAUACUGGUAUCUAUGGCAAUUCCUAUAGAACGUGUCUCCUGUCCCCAUACAGUUGAUUCAUACAGUAUUGCUCUUACUUGUUAUUUUUUAAAGUAAACUGUGAAGUUUCAGAGCAAAAAUGCUAGUAAGUAGCGGGUAAUAGUGCAAUUAAAGCGUUCACUGUUUUCUGUAGUCAAUUAUGCAAAAACACUAUCCUAUCAGACUUACUAAUGCUGUUAAGUAUAUCAGCUAUGUGCAGCUAAAGAAAUAACUCCCGACAUGGUAAAGCCUCUUCAUUUCCUUUCUUGAGCUGUGUGGUUUAAAAAAAAUCAUUACUUUUAUUUCAUAGUCCUGAAAGUCACCUUCAUUAAGAACUGCUUCAAGGAACACGUUCUCUCACACCCUUAACUUGAUAUUUCAGGUUGAAUACAGAAGUCUGUUUCUUUGUACCCCAUUGCUUCGCUUGGGGUUAGGUAGGUAAACGUGCAUUUCUUAGUACGUGGUGCCUUACACGAUGCACACACUAGCAGUGCAGAACUUGCUACAGUAGCAGAACCAGAAACCCUACUGCAAAUAGUGAUGGUGGAGCUGUCAUCCCUCUUUUGUCUUUUCUCCUUUGACGCAAUACUGCUCUUCUCAAACUUUACUCCCCCCACUCCCCAUCUCUGUAGGCACAACACUACUCUCUUGCAAAAUUAGCUUGGAAGUUAAGCAACUUGCAAUCCUGAGAAGAGUUACUCCAGUCUAAACCCAUUGAUUUCAAUGGGCUUAGACUGGUAUAACUCUGCUAAGGAUUGCACUGUAAGACUCUACAGAAUACAAUCAUCAAUGCACGCAAACUUUCAUUACAGCAAAACCAGAUCUUCCUAUUUCUAAUGUGAUCAGUUCCAUCUUUUUUAUAACGUACAAAGGUAACAUGCAGCGACGCAGAGUUAUGGGAGUCCAACAGGGUAGGGAUCCUUAGCAGAUUUAUCACACUGUCAGAUACGAUUUACUUUCAAGCAUUUUUUUAAAAAAUUUGAUCCAAACCCAUACUUCAUCUGUUGUUGAAGUGUGAAAUUUGAUUGUAACUUUCAAUUGAUUAGUCCCACUAAUUUCAUUUCAUUAUUGUGUUGAAUAAUUGCUAACUUUUAUGCUUUAUUCUAGUCCCUAUACAAUUCAGAUUUAAACAAACUUUGUGCUUAUCACUGUGUAGCCAUUAUCUUUAAUCAAACUUGUUCUUGCUGUAUUGCCUACAGUCUACUGCGUAUAGGCAUAAUUAAGCUCUAGCGUGACGAAUACUGAAAUUAGUUCUUAAGAAUAUGAAUUAAAUCAGUCAACAUGAAACAGUAAGAAGAAAAAUAUUGUAAGAAUGAACCCUAGUCCACUUCAUUUAACUGUGGUGUCAAUUAUCUGUCACUAGUUUGUUAACAAUUGAUCCAAUUUUGUAAUAGAAAGGUUCCCCACCCCCAGUAUCUGUUUGUUACCUUCUUGAUGUCUUGUCUUCCCCUUAUUACAAAUUGUUGACAUUUCAUAGCGCUAGAUAGAGAAAAUGCCAUGCUCAGCUUGACUGCACUGAUUUCAGCCUCCAAGAAUUACCUUCUUACCUGUUUGCUGUAUUCACAUAUUGCUAGGUCAUAGUGCUGGUUCUACAGUUGAUAAAUUUGCUAAAUAUGGGUUUCGCUUUGCUCACCAUAUCACUGCCUUGGUGAUCUAAAACUUUCAGUUCUCCUGUCAGCCAGAAUGCAACUGUAUAUUUAACUAAAAGACCUUUCAGAAAACUCAAUACAGGCCCCAGUCCUUAUUCCUG